AUGAUAUUUACACUUUUAAAUGAAAAUCAAACUAUUUUCGACGAAUACAUUUUAGAUACAAAGGAAGAUCCUUCGACCUUAGGUUUUGAUCAUAUUUAUGUUAUUAACCUUGAUAAUCGAACUGAUCGAAAGGAGAAAAUGCAAAUGAUAGCAAAUUAUCAUAAUUUGGAUUUUGAUUUUUUUUCAGCAGUUUCAAAAGAUGAUAUUAAAACACUUAACAAAUAUCCUUCAUCUCUGUCGCCUCGUCAUAAAGCAUGUUAUGUCAGUCAUUAUAAAGUGUAUGAAUCUAUUGUAACUCAUGGAUAUAAUAGUUCAUUGAUUUUAGAAGAUGAUAUAGAUCUUGAAGAAGAUAUCAAAAGAAUUGUAGUGGAAGAAGUUUUACCUUAUCUACCGGAAAAUUGGGAAUUAUUAUAUAUUGGAAGUUGUUUUGCAGGAGGUAUAUGGGAUGGUGAUGUAUCUUUAAAUGGUGAAUCAUUUGAAUAUAAAUUAUUACCCUUUAAAUCCCCAUUAUGUAAUCACGCUUAUGCAGUUUCAUUGGUGGGUGCUCAGAAAUUAUUAAAUUAUUUAGUAGAUGUAGAUAUUCCAAUAGAUUUAUAUUUAAGGAAGAUAAUGGACGCUGGAAAUAUUACAGAAAUUACAUUAAUUCCUUCAGCAAUAACACAAUGGAUAUCUGAUGAUAAUCCAUCAGAUGUUUCUCCAGAUGCGGUACCACCUACUUUUUCUUUGACCAAUUCCACUUUGCAUUUACUUGGAUUUAAAGAGGAAAUUGUUAAAAAAAAUUAG